UUCGACGAGUCGGGGUGUUGGCAUUGUAGUCGAGUUCACCGUUGCUGACAAGACCGCUCACCUAACUUUCCCUCAUAACGUUGUCAUGAAAAAGGCAUCUGAGAGACCAAAGAAUGUACAUUCUGAGCCUCUAUUUAAUGUGUUCAUUCCAAUUUCUCUCCAUUAAAAAUGUUCAUACCGUCUGUAACUAUGACGAAUUUGAAGUCGAAGAUGUGUUCAAACACGUUUCUUGUCAAAAAUGUCUAUCUUGUCCUCCUGGAAUGGGUCUAACACCACAAUGUGGCAGUUUUGUUAGUUAUGGUGAAAAAGUUUAUUGUGAGCCAUGUGAACCUGGAAAAUCUUACUCUCCUAAUAAUGAUAGCAGUUCAUGCCUGUCAUGUGGAAUCUGCUCUGACCAUGAAAGCAUCAAGAGGAACUGUUCCUUGACGAAUAAUUCACAGUGUGAACAUGGCUGUGGCAAAGGGUUUUACUUUGAAGAACUCACUGGAGAUUGUAAGCCCUGUUCCUUCUGCUUUUCAUAUCUUCCCAAUUGUAACAUAAAAAAUAGUGUGAAAGAAGGUUGCAAGGACAUGCCAUUUUACAGACAAUGCGAUGCCAAUGCGAUUGGCUGUCAAUUACCAAAAUGUAGAGAAGAUCAAUCCCUUGUUGUAACCCAAGAAAAAGACAGUGCAUACUGUGUGGAUUGUAAAAUCUGCCCGGCGGGAACAUCACCCUUUCCACCAUGUGGAAAUGGAAUUAUAAUAAAAAGCAUUGAUGAUAUAAAAUGUAUUAAGUGCUCUCGUGGCAACACGUUUUCUGACAAGCCAACUAAGCAAACUUGUAAGAAAUGCUCCAUUUGUGCAGUUGGACAGAGAGAACUGACACCCUGCAAUCUGACACAUGAUAGGAUUUGUGGUAAAUGUGACAAAGGAUUCUAUGGCAGUAAAGACACAGGAUGUAAACCAUGUUCUGCCUGCUGUAAUGAUAAAUACGAUGUGCGCAUUCCUGAAUGUCGAAAUAUAGCAAAAAACAAACAGUGCGGCUAUACAGAGCGAUCCAUAACUGUGUGUCAGGAACAAAACAGCUCUAAGAAAACUUCUACAAAGAAAUCCUCUAUCAUUAUAAUAUAUUUGACUGCGACGACAGCACUACUAUUUGUUGUAAUCUUAACACUGGUGAUUAUAAAGCGCAUCAAAUACCGCAGAAAAAAUAGGCGUCAAAGAACGGACUCAUGUACUGCGUUGCUGCCAUCUGCAGACGAAGCACCACGGAGUGAAUUGAUAACACUGGAAGAUCCAACACCACAUGGAUCACAACAGACAUUACAUUUUGAUAAAUCAGGUAUCUUGAUCCAAUUCAAUGAUGCAAAUUGUUUCUCCAGUGAUUGCCGAGGAAUACAACUAAAGAUAUGUUGGGAUGAAAAUUCUAUACCUCUUCAGCCUGGUGAAGUACAGCUUAGCCCUGUGAUAAAAUUUCAGCCUUAUGGGAAGCAACUAUCCAAACCAGUGCAAGUCAGAAUACCUCAUAGUGCUUUGGUGUAUUUAAGCAAUGGCUGGGACAUCAAGCCGAAAAGCUCUGUACCACACAAAGGCUCAAUUGUAUGGAAGGGGGAAAACAAAUUCCAAGUCCACAAUAAUGAAGUCAGCUUUCAGGUUGAUAAUCUUACCUCCUAUGUUAUCAUCGGUACGUCACUUGAUAACGGCAAACCAACAAAGAAGCGCUUUCAAGGCGCUGUUUUUGGUGGAGUGGGCACAGUUGGUGUGGACUACACAGCAUACUUAUAUAUCUUUGAUGACAGUGAGUCAUCAUUUGAGAAAAUCAUGCAAGAAGAGAAAUCAACCGGUAGAACCCUGCUUGGUUCCCCUCAGUCCUUUUAUGUCGAGACUAUGAUUGAUACUAAAGUAAAGAUCUCAGUCAAAGAACCAAUGGAAGGAUGGAUUGUUGGAGAGAUAAAACCAGAGUUCAUUACACAAACAAGUUUGAAGGAUUCUUAUCAAGAAAUACCCAGAACAACAGUAAAGUUUAAACAUGACAAUGGCCGUAACCGAGACUUCCUUUGUGUGUUUGAACUAACUGCAGAAGAUACCACAACAUCGAUUUGUGCUGUUGCCACGAUUAGAGAGGAUCCAUCUAGGAAGUUUCAAGAGCACCAACCAGGAUUUGGUAAUGGCAGUCAUCAAUUUGUGACUGGGAGAAACUUGUGUGAUCCACUGAUCGUCAACCCAGACAAACCAUCACCUUGUCUUAAAGAUCUUCCAAAGGAGGUACUUGAAGCUCUUUGUGUGAAACUUGAUAUGCCCCUGAAAGGAGUUGGCAAUUGGAGGCAUGUUGCAACGUGCCUUGAUUUCACCGAGGAACAAAUUCAGCGUUUCCGGAAUGAAAUGUUGACUCCUGACGGAAGUCCUUGCACUGUUAUGUUGGAGUCACUGGUGACGAAGUCACCACAGUUCACUGUGGCAGAAUUUGUGCAUAUUCUACAAACAAGGAAGAUUCAGCGCUUUGAUGCGGUGGAAGUUCUGGAGCCUCAUUUACACAGCUGUUGAGAAUGACCUGCACAAGAAUCGAGAGACAUUCUCAAUUACUCACAUUGUAACGGACUUGUCGAACUUUUUGGCUUUUUGCGCCGAUUUGCUGUAUCAGAUUGAAAUCACUGUCAAAUAAACUAACAGAUUUCUAAA